AGCAGAAUUUCAUUGGUCAUCGGAAAGAAAUUGAACUUUGAGCGAUUAUACGACUACAGCGCCUCGAAUCAUACGAUCCAUACACGUUCGCUGGUUUACUCAGGCCACUCAGGUCAUUCGCGCAGUGGUUGUGUGGCACGGUCUUGCAGAGUAAUCGUCGCUUCGUUUUUCAAGUUCUAAAGUCACUGUAAAUCGGAUCAUCCAAUAAUGGAGAUUCAAAUCCUGACCGCGAAGUCAUCGAAAUUCCUAGCAAACGUGACCGUGAAACAUAAUGCAACUAUACGCGAAGUUAAAGAGGAAUUGUUUAAAUUGAAAAAGGGGCCCAAUGUUCAUAGACAAAGUUUGAGACUAGAACCCAAAGGAAAAGCUUUGUCUGAUUCAGAUACUUUAAGGAGUUUGUCCAUUUCCGAUGGUGGAAAAUUAUAUCUGAAAGAUCUUGGACCUCAGAUUAGUUGGAAAACCGUCUUCUUGAUAGAAUACGCUGGCCCACUGGUUUUAUAUCUAUGGAUAUACCAACGUCCAUGGAUAUUUUACGGUGAUGUUGCCACAUCAAAAAUUGAUAAUGUAGUCCACGUGGCGGCUGGUUGUUGGGCUGUGCAUUAUGCGAAAAGGCUACUAGAAACACUGUUCGUGCAUAGAUUCAGUCACGCAACAAUGCCCCUGCAAAAUCUAUUUAAGAACUGUUCGUACUAUUGGCUGUUUGCUAUGUACAUAGCGUACCAUGUAAAUCAUCCAUUGUAUACGGCGCCGGGUUAUACUCAGUUCCUCACUGGACUGGGAAUAUUCUCUAUUUGUGAAUUGGGUAACUUGAGUAUUCAUAUAGCUCUGAGGAACUUGAGACCGCCGGGAUCUACAGUCAGGAAAAUACCAGUACCCACUAGCAAUCCUUUAACAAUCUUAUUUAAUUUCGUUUCUUGCCCAAAUUACACUUACGAAGUUGGUAGCUGGAUUGGUUUCACCAUCAUGACUUCGUGUCUUCCAGCUGGACUUUUCACUUUUGCUGGUGCUUAUCAAAUGAGUAUUUGGGCAUUAGGAAAACACAGAGCAUACAAGAAAGAGUUUUCUCAAUACCCAAAAUGUAGAAAAGCCAUCAUUCCAUUUGUCCUUUAAAUGUUACGUUAAUUUUAAUUAACUUAUAAACACGCUGGCAAUUA